GUCCAAUGCAAGUACAAGAACGCAAAACGGGACCAAGCUCUGCCUGAUGAAAAUAUGUGGGACUGCUACACUUUCAAAACUUACCUCAGAGCAAUAGGACAAGCUGAUAUGUGGGACAAAAUAAUUUAUCCUGGGAUGAGAGAAAGCAUAACUGGGACUCUAUUAGCUGCUCAAGAACACAUGGAACAGAGGAAAAACUGUUUUGAAUUGUAUGGGGCUGAUUUCAUGCUGACUGAAGAUCUGGUGCCCUGGUUGAUAGAAAUCAAUUCGUCUCCUUGCAUGUCACCAACAACCAGUGUCACGGCCAGGAUGUGUGCACAGUGCCUCGAGGAUGUGAUAAAAGUGGUUGUGGACAGACGACAAAACAAAAUGGCUGAUACUGGAAUGUUUGAACUGGUGUAUCGACAACAUGUUGCUCCGCCUCAACCCUACAUGGGCAUGAAUUUGACUGUGCGAGGCUCGAAGAUACAGAGGAGCCCGAAAACAAAGCGAAGAAGGCGGCCUUUGGAGCCGAUACAAGCUGAACCACACCACGAGACCAUCGCACCGCUGGCUCCGUCUCGAGUCAAGAAUUACAUCGAGGAUCUGUCGGUCGAACUGUCCAAGGAACUCGUGAAAACACCCCCCACCACAACAUUCUCAAACGCAAACACACUUUCAGUGAAGCUGCCCAACUCGGUGAAAGAAAUCAGUAUGCCUAAUUGUGACGUGGGUUUGUCCACUGAAGAAUACGAUUCUAGCAGCAGUGAUCAGUCGGACUCUGAGAGUGAGGAUGACGACUCUCAAACUGAAUCUGGAAAGCCUCCGAACUCGUCGACGCUUCUUACUAAUAAGACUGAAGAUUCCGCCAAAAUUAAACCUGAAAAAGAAAAGGACAAGGAGAAUAACAGCAUCAGUCCAACCGAAACAAAUGUGAAAGUGAAUCAGGUAAAGCAAGACACUCAAAAAAUGUAUGCCAUCAUACAGAAGCAACGCAAUCUUUGUAUGAAACUUCAAGAUAAGUCUUCCGAGAGAUCAGCUAAAGGACAUCAACGUUGUGUCAAGUAUGAACAGAGAUGGAAAAAUGUGUGUGAAACAGAGCAAAGUAAGGACUUGAUACAUGACUGGAAGUUGCGAGUUGACAAGACACGAGCAAGCUGCGAGGAAAUGCUUCUCAAGUUGAAAGCGUUCAGAGAGAAAGAUGUCACAUGCAAGAUCCACCGCGGCAUUGAUUGGCGGGCGGCUGAUAACGAAACUGUUCAGGAGCUCGUCCAGAAACUCAGCAAUCCCAAGAGAAAAACGUUCAUGGACAGACUUCCUGUGGUAUGCUCGAGGAAAACGAUGAAGAAGUGGAAUGCCAGUCAGAGCUCAUCAACCUCCUCCAGCUCGAGUCAGCCUCCUCCUCCUCCUCUGCCCGGCUACCACGUGACGUCCAAGAACUCAUCGCUGCCUCUGAUCAGACACAAGAGUCGUGCUUCACUCAGCAAAGACACCGUGUACACGGUCGGCCUCAGACUCAGCUGCCAGAGAAUGACGCCGUCUCCUAGAGAAAAGAUAAUCCUACCAAUGGGCGUCGAACAAUGUCAUGCGAUCAAUUUGUCAUCUCUGUCCAACACAUUGUCUUCGAAAUGUUGAUAGUGAUAUGAAUGUACCUUAUCAAAUAUUAUAUCAUGAAUUACAGCUUAUCUAUGUAUAUAAAAGCGAAAUGGCACUCACUCACU